AUGGCACCUAACUCUCCUCUCCCUCUACUGCAAUCUCUCAGCUACUCGAUGGGCAAUCCCGCUACCUCAUCAUCCUCUCUGUGUCCUGUGACCCCGGUCACUUCUCCACACAAGGCGACGGACCCGAAGGACGCCAUCAUGGGCGUCGUUUAUGCCACUUUAGAGGUGUUGCGUGAGGCCAAGCCUCUCGAUCCAUCCAUGGAUCUCGAGUUCUUGAUACGCGAGUUUCUUUCUGCCUUGCAUGAACUUCAUUCUUUCUCAGAUUCCGUAUCACAGAUGCACUAUGCCCGGUUUCAUCAAAAGGCCCAAGUGCACCUCGAUGCCUUUGUACAACCAUCAUGGCUUUCAUGGUGCAGGGAGUUAAUUUCACCUGAGUGGGCUGCUGCUGUCUCAGCGGGCAAGGAACUGAGCCCUCCUCCGGUGACUGAGGCCUCCAUGCACACGCCUUCCGAUACUGGAGAGGUUGCGGCCUCUGGUUCCCCGACCGCUUCCACUGAUUUCGAUGACUUGCUUCCCCUGGCUGUUUCAACAUCUGCUUCUGUAGUAGCUGCGCCAGUUGCUGCUGUGACUGCUGAGGGUGUUCCCGUCCCAAAGUUCGAGUUUCAAGCUCGUGCGGCAAACCCUGUCGCUAUUGACCCUCCUUCCGAUUCUGAUACCGCGGCCAUGGAGGUCGAUAUACCACUGGCUACCAUGGUCGCUAAGCCCCCUUUCGCACUGGGCUCUGGUACCAUUGAGCUUUCCAGUAACGAUGAGGACAACAGCGACAGUGACGAGGUCCAGUACGUGGGUGGCAACAUUCCUAACUUGUCUCCGGCCCACCCGAAGAAGGGUAAGGGAUGCGGCCGCAAACCUGCGAAGCCGUCCGGCACGACUGCUGCAUUCGAGGAUCAGUACGUGCGCAUGCCGGUCCAAACGUUUUGUGAUUGCUCCCUUCCGCCGACGUACCUCCUGCUGUGGCAGAGGCCUUUCAUCACUUGCUUGUGUCUCUACUGUUUAUCCUCCGAGAAGGUCUCACAUGCUAAUGAUUCGGAUGGCUGGCUUUCGCUGAAAAAGAUCUACCGUCGCAAUGGCUGGGCGGUGCCUAAAUCCCCUGAGGCCUCGGUGAUGGUGAAGGCUUCUCGCCACCAGGUUAGAUAUGACCGGAAGAUGCGCGAUGCCAACACCGCUGGAAGCGAGAAGGUGACCGAGCUGGAGUUGCCUCUUAACACUCCCAUUGACGAGUACGAGGUUGCGCUUGCUGCAGUGCCACGUCUUCUUCCGAUCAGCUCCCUGCCUGACAUGCCUGAGACUGAGUCGGAGGUUGAUGAUGCGUCCGACGAGGUUGUAGUAAAGCAAGAGAAGGAAGCCGCUGGUCCUUCACAUCGUAACCUGGCUAUCCCACCGCCUCUGAGUGGUGCGGUCCAUCCACGCCGCCUUUCUAGUUUUCUACUUACACAUUUUCACGCCAGUACCAUCGUCGUCCCGUUGACUAAGGUCCUCAAGCCGCAUUCGUCGAAAAGCAAGUCUCACAUCAAGGGCUCCUCCAAGACCACGACUGUGAAAUUGGAGCCGUCUCGUGCUUCAGCAACCGUCAUUGAGCCUUCUGCAGCUAGCACGCAACUCAAGCAAAUGAUUGAGCUUUCACAGCAGCUCCUCACGGAGAAUCGCAUCCUGAGGGCUCACAGAUCGUGA